AUGGAGCCAGCCAAUGGAGCCCCAUCAUCGCCAAUAGUGGCACGCAAGAAGCAACAGCGCUGCUGCUCCAAACUCAAGCUGUUCCUGAUGGCAUUGUCUUUUGCCAACUUUGCGAAGGCAUUUCAAGGGAGUUAUAUGAAGAGCUCAAUCACACAAAUAGAAAGACGCUUCAAUAUCCCCAGCUCCUUAAUUGGGUUCAUUGAUGGAAGCUUUGAAAUGGGUAAUUUGCUAGUUAUAGCUUUUGUUAGUUACUUUGGAGCCAAACUGCACAGACCCAAACUAAUUGGGGCAGGUUGUUUGCUGAUGGCCCUUGGGUCCUUCGUGACUGCAAUACCUCACUUCAUAAUGGGAAAAUACGAGCAUGAAACAUCGAUUGCACAUUCAGUGAAUUUAACUACAGACUUCUUACCCUGCCUGCCAAACCAAGCCAUUACCUCAGAUGAAGUUGCUAACUCAGAGAUCUCAGUGGCAGAGUGUCAAAAGCAAGCUAGUUCAUCGAUGUGGAUCUACAUGUUUCUUGGAAACAUGUUACGUGGAAUUGGUGAAACACUGGUCAUGCCCCUAGGGGUUUCCUACGUGGAUGAUUUUGCAAGAGAAGAAAACACAACUUUUUACCUAGCCAGCAUACAGACGGUUGGGAUUCUGGGAGUCGUGUUUGGAUAUAUGAUGGGGUCACUGUGUGCUAAACUGUAUGUGGAUAGCGGAUUUGUAAAUCUAAGAAUCCUGCACUUACCUGCUGUGGCAUUCGAGAUCUUCACUGGUGGGUUUGUCCUGAAGAAACUCAAGUUAACUGUGAUCGGAGCUGCAAGAGUGACGAUUGGAUCCUCUUUCAUCUCUUUCCUUCUCAGCCUGUUGUAUUAUGGAUUAAGCUGUGGGAAUGCUAGGGUAGCAGGACUCACAGUUUCCUACGAAGGGUUGAACAAUGUUUCAUAUCAGGAAAACACUUUGCUGUCCGGAUGCAAUUCUGAAUGUGCCUGCUCUGUGAAAUACUGGGAUCCUGUCUGCGCUGACAAUGGAAUGACAUUCGUGUCCCCUUGUCUCGCUGGUUGCAAAACUUCAACUGGAACUGGGAAACACAUGGUCUUUCAUAACUGCAGCUGUGCGAUGGGAGCUGAAUCUAAAAACACCUCAGUGGUUCUGGGUCAGUGUGCUAGAGGAGAGGACUGUGGAACGAUGUUUACCUACUAUUUGGUUGUUUCUGUAAUUGGUGCUUACAUUUCUGCUUGUGGUGCCACCCCAGGGACCAUCAUACUCCUUAGGUCUAUUAAUCCAGAGCUGAAGUCCUUAGCCCUCGGAAUCCUAACCUUAGUUAUAAGAACACUUGGUGGAAUCCCUUCUCCAAUUUAUUUUGGUGCUCUCAUAGACAUGACUUGCUUAAAGUGGGGGUCCAACAAGUGUGGAGGCAGAGGGGCUUGCAGGAUGUACGAUUCGAAUGCAUUCAAGGCCAUCUUCCUUGGAUUAAUUUAUGGACUGUACUGCCUGUCAUACUUGCUGUGGUUUGUCUUGUACACGCUGCAGAAGAGGCGCUUUCAGGAGAAUCAAACAGACAACAUGUCUGAAGAUGAAGGCAAGGCAAACUUAAAGGAAACGCAGGACACUGGCAGUCACAAGGACUGUCAUGAGAUCAUGCCAAAGGAGGAAGAUCUGCUGGAAAGGGAGAGCGGCAUUUAGACAGAAACUUCAUUGGUGGGACUCAUUUCUACACUUUUUUUUUUCUGCACAAAUGAUAUUAGCCAAUGAAAGUGACUAUUGAACCUGGGAUUUUUAAUUUUGUUUUAUUUUUUAUAUUAUUAAUUUGAGAGUAUUGGGCCAGGAG